AUGUUUGAUACGGCAGCAACUGCCUUUUCCUAUCAUGGUUCGAACACUCAAAAUUCAAAAGGUCUUUUUAGCAAUAUAAAUAUUCCAUCUUCUCUUUCUACUCAGCUUUUAUCAUCCUCUUUAGCUAUGUUGCCUUUGAGCGGUUAUUUUAGUCAACAAGAAAAAACAUCUCAAAAUAUAUCUUCUG